AUGGCAUUUUCAGCUUCCCUGACUGAGAUCCCAGCAGAGGCCAGCUGCCCUCGCUGUCUGGAUUACCUGAGAGAACCAGUGACCCUUGAGUGGGGGCACAACUUCUGUGACUCCUGCAUCCACCAGUGCUGGGUUGACCUCCAGGACGUCUUCCCGUGUCCCGUCUGCCUCCGCCACUGCCCUGACAGGAACUUCAAGAGGAACAAACAAUUGUGUCACAUCACAGAAGUCCUUAAGCAGCUCCCCACUGGAAGGAGCAAAAGGAAAUGGCAGGCAGAGGAACCCCUGUGUGAGAAGCACAAUGAGGCCGUGGACCUGUUCUGUGAGGAGGACCAGGAGCUGUUGUGUCCUCAGUGUCGAGUUUCCACUCACAACCAGGGUCACCACCUGAUCCCCACUGACAGAGCUGCAGAGAGUCAAAGGAAGAAGCUCAAAGGAUUCAUAGAACUUCUGAAGACAAAGAUGAGCGAUGCUAAGAAGGAGUGUGAAAAUCAAAUUGCACAGAGUGUGGGAGGGAGGUGGAAGAUAGCGUCUUGGAAAGGAGAACUACAAGCUGAACUUGAGCAAUUCAAACUUUCCUUGAGAGACGAGCAAUUUUCAAUUCAUGCCAGCUUGCUCAAUAGGGAGAGAGAGAUGGAAGAAAAGAUAGCGCAGAAUAAGAGUCAAAUUUUAAGCAGUAUGGACACGGUGAAAAAUCUCUUACGUGACAUAACAGAGAAGUGUUUGCAGGCUGACCAGGAUUUUCUAGCAACUGCUGAGAACCUUCAGCAUAGGUAUAAAAACCCACUCUUCCCUACAGUCUCCUCAUAUGAAUUCAAGAAUGAGAGCUACACACUUCCUCCCAAUUAUGUUGUUCUGCACAAAAUGAUGAGCAAAUUCCAGGAUCCUAAGACUGCCCAUCCAAGUCUGACUGUCUCCAAAGAUAGAAAAAGAGUCAACCUUAUAACAAGUCUCCCACUCCUGCUGGAUCACCCCCAUGUUGAGAAUACUCCUUUCCUAGGUGUGCUGUGUUGUGAGGCCUUUGAUGGAGGCAGGCAUUUUUGGCAGGUAGAAGUGAAAGGCAUAGGUAAAUGUUCCCUCGGAGUGUGUGAAAAAUCUUUCUGCAAUCAUAUUUUGACACUUCCCUACUCUGUAAGUGAAAUAUGGCAAUGA